AUGGACAUCGACUCCAUCACAACACAGGCGCCGAGCCCGCCGCGCAAGCUGCUUCCGACAACGGGCCUACCGCGAGACCCUAACUUCGUGAGCGCACCCGUCAAAGAGGUAGAGAUGACGGAAGCUCAGGCGGCGGCCGCGCUGCCGAGCCCGCCGGUUGUAUCGGGCCACGUGGGGCCAUUCUUGAAGCAAGAGGGAUAA